AUGCACAACAUCAGAGAUUUGGAACGACCUCAAAAUCAGAUUUCAGAAAAAGAAUGGCCAAGAAUUUUCAAGAUUAAGCGCGAUCUUAUGAACUUGAAGCAAGGUGAUCUCACUAUAACCCAAUAUUAUACAAAGGUAAAAUCAUAUUGGGAGGAAUUGGCUGAAUUCCAACCUCCAAAUACAUGCACUUGUGGUGGCAUCAAGCCAUGGAUAGACCAUCAUAAUAUGGAUCAGGUCAUUCUUUUUCUUACAAGAUUAAAUGAUUCAUAUUCUCAUGUGAGGGGUCAAAUCCUACUCAUGGAUCCAAUUCCACCAAUGAAUCAAUUUUUUUCCCUUGUAAGUCAAGAAAAGACUCAAAGGGAAAUUGGAGUUGACCAUCCUUUGCAAGAAUCAAAUCCUGCAUUUACUUUGAAAGCCCAAGACAAGUAUAAACAUAAUCAAAAGGAAAGACCAUACUGUGAAGAAUGCAAGAAAUAUAGGAAUACAAAGGACACUUGUUUCAAGAUUCAUGGAUAUCCAGCUCACUUCAAGAAGAGAACAUCCAAUGCUCCUACUUUCACUGCCAAACCGGUGCUCAAUCAAGUUGCUCGUGAUGAAGAAAACCCAUUCCAGUUCACUGCUCAACAAUAUCAGCAAUUGUUAGCACUCCUCUAG